UAAUCUAAAACUGGUUUGUGCGGCCCUCUGAGGUGACUCGUCGAUUGUUUUGCAGCCGAUUGAACUGACUGCUCGUCUCAGAAAGCACGGCCGCCAUGUCCACUCACAGACACACGCACAUGCACAUGCCUGCCUCCGUAGUUUACCCGUAUCAGUAUGGUCUCAGCAGCUCCUCUCUCGAACUCACACAAUACAGACAGACAGACAGACAGAACAGUCAUGCAAUUCACCGUCACGCAAGACAACACACCAUGCCAAACCGCCCACCGACCCCAAAACAGCGUAGCAACCCAACCCAACCCCCCUGCCGCAAACACCUUACACAAACCCAGCAAUGGCUAGAACCAACCAACCGACAACCCGAUCUAUCAGUCGAGCACCAUCAGGCCCUCUCCACCCUCCUCACCUCGGUCACCCUCUCCCACCGCUUCAGCAGCAGCAGGAGGGCCGCCACCAUCCCCCGCCGUCACCAGCUCAAAGUACCGCCUAAAGUCCACGCGAAGAGAGGGGUCGCUGUCCGGCACCGUUUCCUCACCGAGCCAGAAAGUCGACCCAAUGUGAUAGACCCGCUGAUAGUGGGCGUGCGGCGAGUCGGCAUAGUCGUCAAACAUCCACUCGGCCGCCGACCCACUCUGCGAGCGGGGGGUGGCGGCCGUGUGUGUGUGGCUGGGCGAGUGGCCUGGAGAGAGGGCGGGGGUGGCGGGGAGGGGCAAUGAAUCUGUUUGCUGCUGAUGGUGAAGCUGCUGAGGCGGCUGAGAUGAAGCCGCAGAGCCACUAGCGUCUUGCUGUAGCUGCUGUUGCUGAGAUGAUGAAUCCAAUCCGAUUUCCCGAGCCUUGCCGAUCCUGUCGCCCGCAGAGCCCUGCCGAGCGCCAGAGGGAGACUCCCGAUCAUGCUCGUCUUCGCUCUCGUCGUCGAGAUCGAUCACCACUGGCUCAUGCUGCUCACGUUGGUGAGACUGCUGAGCCCGAUGCUGAGUAGAAUCAAUCCUUCUUCUCUUGCUGUCUUGCAGAGACGAGUCAGCUGCUGCUGCUGCUGCUGCAGUCGGUGCUGCACCAGCACCACCAGCACCACUACCCAAAGCACCAUCAGCCGAGGCCUCCCCACCGAUCUCCCUCUUUCUCUCCUGCCCAGCAUCUGGCUUGGAAGCAGGAGCCGCCCUGGCAGCCAGGCUCGCUACCACUCUCGCGCGGAGCUGCUUGAGCUUCUCGGCUGGGUCGGCUGCAGUCGGCUGGUUGGCCAUAGAGGACGUGCCGACGCCAUCCGUCGUCGGAGGGGCCUGCCUCGGAGAGAUAUCCAUGGGUGCAGGUGCGUGGCCGGGUUGCUGCGCUUCGAGAGGAGGGGCGGCCUUCUUGCUCGGCGUCGACGGGCCGGUCAUCGCAACGUCGGGCCGGUCGUCGCCCCUCACUCCUUCCCUCUCCAUUGGCGGCGGCGGCGGCGGCGGCGGCGGCUGCAUCUCCUCGUUGACCGCCUGCCCGACCCCUGGGGCUGGCUCAGCAGCUACCUCUGCAGCAGGCGAUGCUGAGUCCCCCUGGAAGCGAGCAAACAUCUUGGCAUAACCAGAGAGCGCGGGUGACACAGCAGCGCCUUGGCCGUUCGGAUGAGUGUCUCGGGCAGGGAAGGGCGGGGGAGGAGCUGCCACAGCGGGACCAGGAGUAGGAGUGGGAGUGGGAGAAGGGGUAGCAGGCGGCUGCUGCUCGCUGGCCACUGCUGGAGCUGCUGCUGGCGCUGCUGCUGGAGCUGCCUUCUUGGCAUUCCGUGGCGACAGCUGCACCACCCGCUUCGGCUUAGCCGACUCCUUGGCCGUGCCAGCAGGGGCAGCCUUGCCAUCCUUCGCAGCAGCGGGCGGUGCCUUGGCCUUCUUGGGUGAGGCUUUCUUCUUGAGGGCCGGCGGCGGUUUGAGUCGUGGUGUCGGGGGUGGCUUCAGACGAGAGAAGGGAGGGGAGGAGGGAGGCGUGCCACGACCACGAUCACGACCACGGCCACUGCCGCUGUCCUUUGCUGACGGGCGAGGCCUCAACGUCACCACACGCCCGGACGGCGUCUCCAGGGGUGCUCCGCUCCCAGGGGAGAAAUCUUCAGCUGAUACACAGAGAGAGAGAGAGAGAGAGUCCAGCCACACACAAGUCAUCCGUCCUCCCGUCACAUGUCCUCAUUCCUGUCUGCAUACAUACCUGCAUGGUGUGGCGAGUAUGCUUCGGGCGGCAUCAUGGGCUGGAUGGGGAAGGGCGGAAGCAUGUUGCCGUCCAUCCCUAGCUCACGGCCCGGCCCCGGCCCAUAAUGCCGCCCUUCAUUGCCGUUGGCCAUGUCAUCUCGAUAGACGUGCCGCACGGGUGGGGGCGGGAUGACCGGCGCACGACCCGGCGACAGCACCACGCGUCGGUGUGGCGGCAUAGCCAUGUCGAAGUCGCCUUGUGGCCGCAGGAUGACCUCGCGAGGCACCGAUGGAUGCAUGCUGGGCGGCGGUCCAUGAAGCAGAGGUGGUAGUUCAGGGGGUGUCAGAGGGGGGAAGCCGUGCAGCAGAGGUGGGGGGCUCCGGCGCUUGGGUGGGCCGGGGUGGCGACUGCCAGUGGGGGGCGGGGGCUGGGGGGUGGAGAGCAUUGGGGGCCGGUAGGUGUCGAGGGCGCAUGGCUUGGUGGGGGCCUGGUCGCGCCGACAGAGGUAGAGAUGCACCAGGGGGACGUCCUCGCGACGCAGAUUUGGGUUGUCUAUCAGGGGAAAGAGGGAGAGGGGGGAAGAAGCACACAUACAGGCAGGCAGAUACAUACAUGCCAUGCCUGACAGCUCUCUGUGCUGUGCACCGACGUCCCUCCCCGCUCUCCUCUCCCUCCGCGAUUGUUUGGCUGGCUGGCUGGGCCCGGUGGGCUAUGUGUGUGUGUGUCUGUGUAAGUAUGUUAUGUGCUGUAUGUGUCCGCCCCCCUUGCCCUGUGGGAUCAUGCGGCACGAGCGGACGUCGCACUGGGGCCGUCCCCUCUCCGCCUCGCAGUACUUGAUGUCAUGUCGGUCGCAGUAGUCCAGAAGCUCCUCGGCAUGCACCUGGUUCCGCGCAACGCGGAACCACACCGGCCGCAGGUCGCGCGCAUCCACCUCCCCAGGCACCAAACGACACCUGCACGUGUGAAUGGAAUGUGUCCACUCGUGGCGCGGUUGGUGCUUGUGCGCGAUGGGCGCUUGUGUGAGUGUGUGUGUGCGAACCGGACCAUGGGUAGAUGACGAGAGGGUGGUCUCGUAUAGAGUAGAGGACGUCCAGUACGCCGACCUCUGUGAUGUUGUUGCCGGUCAAGUGGAUCUCGCAGAAGGGCUCCUUGAAGCGCCAGAUCGUCUCGGCCAGAUGCCGCAUGCCUGACAGACAGACAGCACACAAGAAGACGGCACUCCGCAAAGCAGGCACACAAGCACAGCACAGUCAGGCUCUCAUGGUCUCUCUUCCUUCACACACGUACACGCGUCGGUGAGGAGGUUCUUGUACGCCUUAAAUAUUACGAUUCUAACAUCCAGUCGGAACCUGUCAAGCGCGUCCUACACCACACACACACACACAACUGUCUGCCGAGAGUCCGGCAGGCACCGUCUCCCCCCCCUCCGUCCAUCAUGGCUCACGAGGAAGCGCUUCAGGUCGUUGUCGUUGAGGUCGUUGUCGGACAGGUCGAUGACGAGCUCCAUGGGGCGGCCCUGCCCGCUGCAGGCCUCCACCUGAGCACCUAUCGCACCCAUGCCUGUCACACACAUGCACAACGUGCGCUCAGGUACACAUGACGAGGGUCUGGACCAUGCCUACUGACAUAGGUUGAUCCACUUAGACCGCCUUCUGAGGUUCUGGCCCUGGACCUUCAGGUUCCAUGCGCCGUCCAGAUAGUACCACGUCUCGGAGGUGAGCAGAUGCUGAUGCUUGGGAGGCAUCGUUGGUAUGCCACAAACUAGAGUAAGGCGAGCUGAAAAAAUG